AGCGCAGGUCCAACAACAGCGCAUGCGCGUCUGACCACUGCAUAUUCAGGCCAAAGUAUUCAUCAUGGGGUGACGCAUUGCAAAAUGAGAGGUGGAAGUGAAGAACGCCUGGUCGUGAGGCCCCCACGGCGCCGAGGGGAGACGAGGGCCAAACUAACGCGGUACAUCACCGUUACGCUCGCUGCUUUACUGGGAGGAGGUGGCUCAGCCCUAUUAUUCCUCGUACCACUAUACGCGGACCCAGCACUGAGCGCCCUCGCAGCAGACUUCGAUCCAUUACCAGCGGAAUGUAUAACAGAAAGAAGAGACGAUCGCCUCGGCUUGGAUAACUGCACAUGGGCGUCGUGUCGCGAAGGCUGCACUAGUGACGCCUACAAAUGCAUACAGUUGCAUGUGAAAUACAAAGCGAGCAUGCACGAGUGGAGGCCGGCGGUUUUGUACGUGAAUAUCAAGGGGUGCGGGUACCCUCCGACGGUGGACUGCGAGAACUUCACGACGAGUUAUGGAUACGUUGGGGCGAAAUACCCUUGCUACUGGUCGCGGGCCGACACCAGUGUGGUGAUUCCGAGGUGGUCAAGAGGGGAGCAGGUUGCUACUGUGACACGUACCUUGGCGUUACCAUUGUUCCUGUCGGGCUGCGCUGGAAUAGGACUCUGCGCUUUACACUGCGAGUGCCGGCCGAGACGACGCCGCCGGCCCCCUCGUCGACCUCCACGAUUACCAACCCUGUCUCCAGAUGAAACUUCGGUGUAUAGACUCGCUUGAGGUCCAAGUGUUGUAA